CAUCAGGAGAACCCUCUUCCCUGCCUCUCUCCACCUCCUCACAUCUCAGGAGCUGAGGGAACGGAAUUCUGCGAGAGGGCUGACACAUCAGUUUUUCGCUGGCGUGCUUGUCUGUCGCCUCUAAAGAAGACCGAUUUUUGAACAGGAAAAAUACCAGCAAUUCAUGUCUCCUGUGCCAAAUAGGUAGCAUAUUACUCAGCGGGAGCGUUUUGCGUUCGAUCUGGUGUUUCCCCCUCUGCGACAGCUCCACAUUACCUACGCCAGAGUUCGGUCACGAUGACGGCUAGGCAGGCGCGUCUCUACGGGCAGUCUAAAGUUCAUCAGAAAACAUCUUUUACUUUACCGCAGUGAAAACAGAAGAACGAAGGAUACGAAAAGAAAGAUACGACUGGAAGGCCUUUCAGAAAAGGAAAGAGUAGAGUCGUCGAGAAAAUAUACAGCGCAAAAAAACGAACAUAGAUUGGGGAACGAUAGCUAAAGGGCGCUCGGAGAUUAAAUACCUCUUAGAGAGAGGGGUCAAUUAAAUGUGUGUUAAGGAAAUUUAAGAAACAACUGAUUGACUCGGGAUUUUUCGUUGAUGUCCGGCAGUUAUUCCGUUUGACCUCUGUCGCUGCGAUUUCAUUCUAACGUUAGCCCGGACUUAUCGACUGUGCUCCUUUGUGAAUGGAUUCAGGGGUAGGCAAAAUAAUAACAUUAGGUAUAGAGCGUCAGAAACAAAGCCGCUUAGUCAUUGAACAGGCUGCGCAUUUGACUUUCAGAAAAAUCGGUCGCGUUAAGUGAAUGUCAGCUGUUUUCAUUUAAGGGGGUAUGCGGAAGGGACAACACUGGGCUCGUCUGUUUUGCUUAACAGUGUUAUAGGCUUGUCGUAUGCAUGCUGAUAGUAAGUUGAUUAAUGGUAACUAGCUUAUAGAUGCUAUAAUAUAUGAUUAUACUCUAUAUUCUAGUCGGCUAAAGCGUAUUAGAAUAAGCUUGGAAGACGAGGAUAAGUAGUAUUUUUCUUCCUCAUUGCAACCGAUGCAACCUCAGGGCUGCGAUUUUCAGAUCUCAGGGUACACAUUUGAAAACAACUGAGUCACCUAUUUACGCAAACAAAAGUGAUUUUAAAAAAUAUAAAUAUAAAUACAAAAAAUAAUUACAUUGCAUGCUAUGUGAAAACUCAAGAUCAAAUAUAUAUUUUAUAAAGCAAUAAGAGGAAAACAACGCGAUAGCAAUAUGCAUUUUAGCUAGAGGCUUUUACUGUGACCGACACUUGAGCCAAAGUGAGAAAAAGCACUUUGAUUGUUAGGUUUCAUGGUUUAUACUGUUUAUGCAAAUUUUUGAAAACGGGCUGCAUUUAAUGAACCCGCUGAAGCAUGUAUUUGCACAUGUACGCACACUUUUAAGACGCUAUUCAUUUAUAUCACGCCUUUAGAAAAAAACAGCCACACGCAUGGCCAGAAAUGACAUCUUGCUGGCUUUUUUCUAUUAAUUAAACGUAACAGAACUCUAUGUAAAACACAUUUUGGUCUUCCAAAACUAAACACCAGGGCAGGGGCGGAAAUUCAAGGUCCGUAGUAGGCCGCGGCCUCGGUACCAUCACACACGGAUUGCGGAGCCUUCAUGGAUGGACACUAACAAUUGAUUUAUUCUGAGCAUAGGAAUCACAAUAGUCGAGACAUCUGAGGCCACGCGACUACUCAUGGUGACUGAAUUAUCUUUGAAUUUGCACAUUGUUGGAAGCUGAACAUUAUACUGAGCACAAAACUCUGUGAGGUAGGCCUUACACCAUCCGAAGGUAAUACGGCUACGUCUAUUGUGCAAGAGCCAACUUAAUCUGGCUCCCAACCCUCUAGGAGGUUUUUUUUUUUACUGAGCAAUGAAAGGAACCCUAGACAGAUAAUAUUUUUUAUCAAAAAUAUAAAGGCAAAGGAUAAUAACGCACAAAACAAACAAGAAACCAAGUGCUAUAGUACUAAAAAGCCUAUUUAGAAGACAAGACAGACGGAUACAUUUUUUUUUGCACAGUUAAGAGGACUGAUAAGCAUCGUGCGCUGCGCGGUUCAGGACCGUAAACUCGAGAUCAGUGUUACUCUAACUGGAGGCAUGACUGCACUGCGACUGCUGCUGUUACCGGCCCUGUUGUGCGCUCUCCAAGUGUCCCUGUGCAAUGCUGCCUGUGCAGAGGUGGACUCGGACACGGAGGCGGUGGCCGGGCGCGGCUUCAAGCUGGGCUGCAUCUCCUGCAAGAUGAGAGGAGAGGUGGAGGGCAGUGCCACUGUGGACUGGUUCUUCCGGGCCAAAGGGGAGUCCGACUACGUCCAUAUAUACAACUACGAGGACGAGACGCCCACCAUCGUGGACGAGCGAUUCGAGGACCGCGUGGACUGGAACGGCAGCAAGAAGACGACCGACCUGCAGGACGCCUCCAUCUACAUCCUGAACGUCACCUUCAACGACACGGGCACCUACCGCUGCCUGUUCAACCGCGUGCUCACCUACCCCUACUACGAGUUCCAGACCAAAGCCAUCAAGUACAUCCAGCUCUCCGUGGUGGCCAAGGCCACCAGGGGGACGGCGUCCAUCGUGUCGGAGGUGAUGAUGUACGUCUCCAUCAUCGGGCUUCAACUGUGGCUGCUUGUGGAGAUGAUAUACUGCUACAGGAAGAUCGCCGCGGCGGGAGACGAGGCCCUGAGAGAGAGCGCGGCGGAGUAUUUAGCGAUCGCCUCGGAGAGUAAAGAUAACUGUGCGGGAGUGCAGGUGGCAGAGUAAGAGGUGGGUCUCCACGCAAGAACAAAAUCACGUCAGUACAUCAGAACACUGCAGUACCCAACCACACCCUAAAUUACCCACAGUACCCCCACAUCUCCAGGGACCCUCUCCUGCAUCGCCCGUCCACUCGAUGACCGCUGCAUGAAGAUGUUGUGAACUUGAGGUCGUCAAGUGGACUUUCAAACGUCUCGUCUACUUCACCCUGGGAUGAACUUCUACGGCAUUAAAAAAAGACAAACAGAAAAGCAUGAUCACACCCUUUCUGUGUGUCUCCACACACUGAAAGAAGUAUUAAUGCAAUAAUCUUUGAAUAUGAGUAAUAUGAAUUGUGUACAGAAUUAUGUACUCUUUGUGAAAAUCUCCACUCUAAAAACAGUAUUGUAUUAUGAUUUUAUUGACCUCCCAAUUUACAUGCAUUAGCUAGUUGAAUCAAAUCACAGGGGUUUUAGACUAGAAAAUGGGCAGCAUUUAACAAUGCAAUAUCUACUCUAAGGAGGCAACUAUAAUGUGUGUGUAACCACUGAUGAGGGUGAGGGUGAGGGUGAGGGUGAG